AUGCGAAUUUUUUUUGAUUUUCCACUUGAAACUCAGAAGAAAGAACGGAUGGUUCAUUGUUGGUCGUUGCUCAUUUUUUUAAUAUUUGGGUGUAUUGCAUAUGACAGUUGGUGUGAGUUUGAGGAGAAUUAUGUAACGUUUAAAUAUGGGCAGAAGUGUAGUUAUAAUAACAGUUAUUGGUUGGGAUGGGAAUAUUUGAGUUUCCAAUCGAACACGGAUAUCUUCCAAAUACAGAAUGACUGUUGUGGAUUCCAACGAACAAAUUUGUCACAGAAUUAUAUGUACUGGAAUGAUACUGCUUCUACUAAUAAGUUAUUUAGGUCCAAAAUAGUCACUGAAACUGCGAAUGGAAGAACCUUUUUGAAUUUACAUUUUGAAGUUUCAUUAUAUCCGACGAACAAUUACACAUUUGAAUGUAGUGAAAUGCUCGACAACACUAUAAUAACUUUUUCUGGAAGAAAUGCGUCGAGUGGUGUGAAGGAUGUUUUCACGAUCGGGAUACACAAGUUUUACUUUAAUGUCGACGAAUCUUUUCAUGAAAACGUUGUUUUACAAUUCACGAAAGUGGUGAGACCUUAUGUUAUGAUAUCAGGAGAUGUGUCAGUUCAAGUUAAUAUGGUAAUUGCACAAGAGGGAGAGUGUGGGUUCUAUUAUGUAGCACGUGGUAAUGUGAAUAACAUUGAGCCUUUCAAUGGAAAGGGGAAAGAAGCGCGUGUGCUCUGUGACAUUGACUCGUUUAACAGGGUAUCUCUCUGUGUUAAUACAUCAACAAUAAGAAAUGAUUGUUCCUGUACAUUCCAGAACUUUGAGUAUUUGAACAAUUAUACUGAUUGUUACGAAGUCAGUCAACACCGGAUUUUUAAUAUUCUGCCCGACCAAGUCGACUUACCUAAUGAACAAGAGUGGUACUCAUUCAGUACAUCACAAAGUACCAAACUCACUAUACCAAAGAGAAAUCAUUUGAGCUUUAAAGGUAAAGUUCAAAUGCCCGAGUACCCUGUUGCGUUCUCUGGUACUGUGAAUUUUGAUAAUACAAUGGUUAUAACACGAAGCGACAUCUACUAUGAUAUAGGUAACUUCUAUUUAAGAGCUAUAGAAGUGAAAGAAGGACUCGAUAAUGAUAUUGUACUCUUCAGAGGAAAGAACCAAUACAACACGGAUGAAGAACAACAGAGACUUGUUUCUAUUGGGGUGAAAGAAGUUGGGUGUGGGGAUUCGAAGAGAAGAUAUGUAAGAAGUACAUCAGACAUCAAAUGUAAGUGCACUCAACUUGAUAAAAACACUUUUGUGCAGUUUGAUUGUGAUGAUGCAACAACCAGACGAUAUGAUAAAAUGGAUUUGGUGUUAUCUGGAAGCUACAGCGGAGGGAGUGUGAAAAGAUAUUGGAACUCGAUAAGUUCGGAGAGUCUUGAGAAGAGCGAAAUUGAAGGGACGGACAUAGAAGUGGUUGGGGUGUGUGACUUCUCACAAAUCAGUUCAGUCGUUUUGAAAUCCAAUUUGCAAUGUUCGAAAGUACUUAUCUCACAGAAGACAACAAUUGACAUAGACGAAGGUAAGACGUUUGGUUUUGACCAAAUAACAUUUGUUGGGGAUAUCAUCACAUCCAACUUGAAUGGUAAAGCGUUCAUUCAAGUUGGAAAAGGGACUUUAAAAAUCUCAUCUGCUUUGAAAGUCGACUUUUCAUCGAUCACAUCAGUUGAUUGUUUUGAAUUUGCGGCGAGUGAGAAUGCGUUUCAAAGUGAUUUAUCAGGGAGUGGAAAUAAUUUGUAUAUCUAUGACAAGCUUAUAAGAGGGUGUGUCACAGGUAAGACUGAUGGAGAUGUUGUGUGUACUUUGCAAAAUGAGAGUUAUGGAAGCUUUGCACACACCCAAUGCCCAUGUAGUACAAAAGUCGAUAAAUUCAAUUGUUUGAUUGAAACGUCUCAAGACAACAUUGUUUUUAACGACGUUCAAAACGUAGAUUAUGCAGUUUUAAACCUCAAAAAAAACACUCAACUGACUAAUGUGAAUAAAAUCGACUUUUUAAAAUUGAAUGGUGCAAUAAACGUGAGAGCUACAACUAACACCAAAGGUACAUUCUCAAGUGUGGAAUCAAGUGACGUUAAUGCAUUGCUUCAAAUAUUGGGUGAUGCAGAUGUUGUGACUAAAAACAGUUUCAAGAUAUCGGCAAGUGGAAAGGUUCGAUUUAUAUCAGAAAUUGUACAUCUCUCCGAUAUAAUUGAAACAGAAACAAGUCAAUAUUUCAUCGCACCGUCGGCGAUGAAAUUGCAAAUCACAAGUUUAUCUUCUUUGUUGGCGAAAAGUGAGCAACUUUUUGUUUUGGAGUCUUCAUCCGACGUUUUCACGAUACAGAAGAUACCAAAAGUGUCUAAUAUCGACAGAAUUAUCAUGGCAACCCUAAACAGAAAAAUUGCGACAGAAUCGACUGGAUUUGGGUUACAGUGUGAUUCCCAUGCCAUUAUUUCACUUACAACAGAAGAUAAAGAUAUAGCAGAAUUUUGCUCAUCAAAGGGACUUGAUAAAAGAACAUGUAAAAAGGAAGGAGAAGUCUAUUACAGUUUGAAUGGAGAAAUAGACUAUUCAUGUCCAUGUCAUUCGACAAAGAGUCAUUGUUCUAUCGUGGUGGGCAAUUUGGACACGUUGAAUGUCCAAGACUUCACAGAAGUGACAAUCACGAAGAGUAUCACACUCAACGCAGUCCAACAAAAUUUUGUGGUUAACAGUGUUGGUGGAGCUUCUUCGUUGGUUGUUACCAUAGUUGGGGACUCCAAUUUUGUUGCAACGAAUGGUGUAUCUGGACAGAAAUAUGUAUUCCCAAAUAACGCAAACAACAUGCUCUCGACAAAGAAUAUUAAAAUGGGCUUUUCCGAGAGACUCAAAACGACAAAAUGUGAUGCAAAUGGAGUCUCGGUAUAUUUAAGUUCUUCGUCUUAUUGCACCGAAGGGUAUAUCCAGAAUGGAAUUUAUGUCUGUCUCUUAUGUGGGACGGCCAAACCAAUUUCUGGAAGCAAUGAGUGCCCAACACGGGGAGUCGUUUCAGGGUGUGAGAUAUAUAAUUCUGGUGGGAAUUGUGUACAAUGUUCUGAUGGGUAUUACUUGCAGGGAUAUUCAUUAGGGUUUCAGUCCUGUGGAAACUGCCCUUCCAAUUGUGAGAAGUGUAAUAACUCGACAUCUUGUUAUUAUUGUAAAUAUGGGUAUCAUUUAAAUAGUAAGGGUAUAUGUGAAUAUGUGACAAAGAAUGAAUGUUCAAAUUACUUGUUAGAGAAGUGUCGACUCUGUGAAGAUGGAUUUUUUGUUCAGAACGAGAAAUGUGUCUCAUGUGGCGAGGGAUGUCUCACAUGUGCAGACUCUGGAAAUUGUGAGUUGUGUGAUGCUUCAAAAUUGAUGAAAUUAGUCGAUAAAAGAUGUGUUUUGAAUUCUAAUGCUACAUUAGUAUCAUCCACUAAUGAUGUGCAGUGUACUUCUGGUUAUUAUAACCUCAAUUCAGUGUGCACUAAGUGUUCCACAGUGUAUGGAAGCACAUGUUUGGAGUGUAAUGACAAAACAUGUUUGUCAUGUAGUGGAAAUGAUGUUGUUGUUGGUACAAAGUGUGCGACAUUAUCUGCAUGUGCAAUUCAAACCAACUCGAAGUGUGUGAAAUGUUCAACUGGUCAAUAUUACAAUGAAGAAAGUUCAACAUGUGAGACGUGCGAUCCAUUGUGUACUUCGUGUUAUGGCUCAGACACAUGUGGUACAUGUGAGUCUCCGAAUUGGUAUGUUCCAAGUUCACAAAAUUGUCAAGAGACGCCAUCAGCUUCUGAUUUAAACAUAACAGUGUGUGCAAAGAGCCAAGGUGGACGGUGCUUAACAUGUAUUGAAGGGUACUUACUAACUAAGAUUGGAGAAUGCGAAAAAUGCAGUUCGUCUUGUUUGGGGUGUUUUGGUACAAAAGACUAUUGUGUGAGUUGUCCACCCGAUCACACUCUUCUUCGGUCAGAUACCACUUCUGAUUCCACAUGUCAGAGUAACGUGGACCUUGCUGUUAAAUGUAGUCAGAUGAUGAAGAGUGGGACAGGAUGUGCCAUAUGUAAGAAAGGGUAUUUCCAAACUGGUGUGAAUUGUAUUGAGUGUAUGGACAAUUGUCAGUCAUGUGUCGACUCUUUAAAGUGUGUUUCAUGCAACGAUCAGUAUUUCACAUAUGAUGGAAAGAGUUGUAUUUCAUACGAAAGGUUGGAGAACUGUGUCACCAAGAGUAAAAGUGGAUGUGUAGAGUGUAAUAACGGGUAUAUAUUACGUGAACCUUAUUGUGAGUCUUGUGAGAGUGUAACUUCAUAUUGUUCGUCGUGUUCUUCUGGCAAGUGUGAGUCUUGCAAGCCAAAUUAUGUUCUCAAAGAUUCUCAUUGUGUGUUUUACAAAGAAAUUGAUCAUUGUAAGCGCUCUGUUGAUUCGAAAUGUGUUGAGUGCGACUUCUGGUAUGAAAUUUCCGACAGAGGCACGUAUUGUCAGAAACAUGCUGUGUCAUGGGUUAUAGCAAUAAUAGUCGUAUUGUGUGUCUUUGUACUUUUAUGUGUAAUGCUUGGAAUCAUUUUCUUGGCCUUCUACUUCCUCAAAAAGUCGAUGAAAAACCAGCGACCAAAAGAUGUGAAUUACUUCUAUAUGGAAGACACUGAUAUUCGAUUUGAAAGUUUGAGUGGCAAGAGUUACGUUGUGACGAACAAGAAGACGUUGAAAUUUGAGAAAGAAGACUUGGACAUUAUGUUGCCUGUAGGACAAGAGACAUUAGAGACUGUAUGUGUUGGUAAUGGGGGGAAGAAUAAAUUGAAAGUGCAGUUCACCGUGAAAGAAGAUGUGUUGUGCAAGUACAAAUUAGUGAUUGAGCCCGAUGUUGCUAUCUUAAGAAAAGGAGAAGCGUGUGAGUUUAAAGUCAAAUUGACACCGACGUGUACGUGUAAAAUAGAUGAAACGAUUCAAUUAGUUUCAAUGGACUUUAAAAAGGAUGGUGUGGUUAAUGAAGAAAUUAAAAUUCUGUGCGAAACACAAAUGUCGACCCGGUUGGACUAUGAUGAGUUAAUUUUGGAUAAGCAAAUUGGUGAAGGAUCCUUUGGAACUGUAUACAAAGGGAUGUUCCGAACGAAUAUAGUGGCCGUUAAGAUGAUGAAGAUCCCAGACGAUGACGACGCGAUGAUUGAAUUUGACAAGGAAGUUGCGAUGCUUGACAAAUUCCGCAGUGAAUAUGUUGUUCACUUCUUUGGAGCUGUUUUCAUACCAACGAAGAUCUGCAUGGUGACCGAAUUUGCGAAAUUUGGGAGUUUGAUGGCGAUGAUCAAAAAGAAGAAGAAACUGGACAAGUACUUGCGUAUCAAAUUUGUGUUGGAUUCGGCGCGUGGGAUCAUGUAUUUGCAUAAUAAUGGUAUUAUGCAUAGAGAUAUAAAAACGGACAAUAUUCUUGUAUUUUCUAUUGACAAGGGUAUUCCUGUCAACGCCAAAUUGACGGACUUUGGGUCGUCGAGAAAUGUUAAUAUGAUGCGAAGUAAUAUGACGUUCACAAAAGGUAUUGGGACACCAAUGUACAUGAGUCCUGAAGUCUUGGACCAAUCAAAAUACUCUGAGAAGGCGGAUGUCUUCUCAUUUGCUGUUGUGAUGUAUGAAAUUUUUGUAUGGGGGCCACCAUACCCAAAGAGUGAGUUCCAAUUUCCGUGGAAUAUAGCAGAAUUUGUUGCGAAAGGGAACAGACGUCUGCAACCGAAGGAUAUGCCAGAUUGGUUGUACCAAGUCAUUUCACUUGGGUGGGAUCAAUUGCCAUUGAAUCGACCAAAGAUUGAUAAAAUAGUUGAAAUGAUUGAACAGAAUUUUAAAGAGGAGCUUGACUAA